AUGUCGUCCGAUCUGAACAAGCAGGAGAAGAAGGCACUCAAGCACCAGGACAAGGCCUACAAGCAUGAGGACAAGGCCGCUCGCAAGCAGGAGAAGAAGAUGCGCAAGCAGAUGAAGAAGGACAACAAGCACCACCUCCACGGCAGCCACGGCCUUGUCGACCCCGCCCUGCCCGUCGGUACCGGCCUCGCUGCUCGUGAGGGCGUCCCCGUGGUCCACACCGCCGCAGUCCCCGUCGUGCCCGUGGCGCCCAUGCAGCACAUGUCGCUCGGUGACAAGGUGGUGCACGAGGCCGAGCGGGUGAUUCACCACGAGCCCCUGCGGGAGAAGGAGAUCAUCAACGAGCGCCCGGUCGAGGUCAAGCACGAGCACCACAUCCAGCCCGUGGUCCACGAGACCGAGCACCGCAUCCAGCCCAUCAUCAAGACCGAGGCCACCACCGAGACCAACUACAUCGUUAAGGACAAGAAUGUGAUGCUUCCGCCCAUCGUCGAGCCCACCCACAUGGUCGGCGCCACCGCCCCGUUCCCGACCACCGCUCGCUCGGCCGCCGUCGGUGCCAUGCCCCUCAGGGACGGCUACGGCCACGACCACCUCCACGGCCAUGACCACCUCCACGAGCACGGCCACGGCAGCGACAAGCACCUCCACAAGCACGCCAAGCACGUCGACAGGGACCUCUACAAGCGGGACAAGCACAUGCGCAAGCAGGAGAAGCACAUGCGCAAGCAGCACAUGCACCAUCAGAACAUGAUGGCCAUGGGCGGCCACCCCGGCUACCACUACGGUCACAACCACCACAACAUGAUGAUGAUGCCGAUGAUGGGCGGCCGCGGUCACUACAACCACUACCCGAUGAUGAUGCAGCGCGGCCUGGGCGGCUACGGCUACGGCCAGGGCUUCGACCAGAGCGACCGUCUCCUCGACGCCGAGCAGCGCCUCCACUGGGGAAUGGUCGCGCCCCUGGGACCCGGCGAGAAGGUGAUCCCGAUCGACGGCGCCGCCACCGGAGCCCUGAGCGGCCUCAAGGAGAAGCUCCACCUGGGAGGCCGCGCCCACAGCCACAACCACGAUGAGCUGUCCCGCAGCCAGCUGGUCGAGCCCGCGGCGCCGGGCAUGAGCGGCGUGGAGACUGGCUCGAUGCAGAACCGUGCGGGCUUCGGCCAGAAGAUCAAGGGCGCGAUGAAGGAGGUCCAGGGCGCCAUCACCCGCAACCCGGCCAAGAAGGAGGAGGGCAAGAUGAUCAUGCAGGGCGUCGACCCGGCCACCGCCGCCUCGGCCACCGGUGCCGCCACCAACGCGCCCACCACCUCCACCACCGCCAUCUAA